CGCUGAGUCAUCCGCGUUGGGCCACGCAGGAAAAAGAAUAAAAAGUCGCAAAGACGACCAGGCGAAGACGAGAAGAAGAAGAAGAAGACAAGGAGUCGAGCGUAGGAGGAACCUGGCUGGCUGAGAUCAAGCGAUUGGACUCUGGACGGACCAGACUGGCGCCCGUAUUUCCCUGACUGACCGAUCUCACAGCGACCGAGCAGGUCUCUAUAUAACGCCCUCAAUCCCUGCCUGUCGUUCAACCCCACCGUCCAGCUAGUUAAGUACAAGAAGAGUUAACUAGCUAGAAGAGCUUCAAGAUGUCGACCUUUGGAGAGUAUUUCAGGGUCACCACGUACGGAUUCCCUCCAUUGACAUAUACCGUAUCAGUUUUGCUGACCAGAGGCCUAGCUAUGGCGAGUCACACUGCCGUUCUGUCGGCUGCAUCGUCGACGGGUGCCCUCCCGGUAUGGAGCUCACGGAGGCAGACAUCCAGCCCCAGAUGACAAGAAGGAGACCCGGACAGAGUGCCCUGACAACCCCUCGAAACGAAAAGGACAGGGUCGAGAUACAGUCUGGAACCGAGUUCGGUAUCACCCUGGGCACGCCAAUAGGCAUGGUGGUGCGGAACGAAGACCAGCGGCCCAAGGACUAUGGAAACAGCACCAUGGACAUGUACCCUCGACCCAGCCAUGCUGACUUCACUUAUCUGGAAAAGUACGGCGUCAAGGCCAGCAGUGGUGGCGGCAGAAGCAGUGCCCGAGAGACCAUCGGUCGAGUGGCUGCCGGUGCUAUUGCGGAGAAGUAUCUCAAGCUCUCCCAUAACGUAGAGAUAGUCUCCUUCGUAUCCUCUGUUGGACACGAGCAUCUCUUCCCUCCCACACCCGAGCAUCCCAGCCCGGUAACCAACCCGGAAUUCCUUAAGCUCAUCGAGACUAUUGACCGGAAGACUGUGGACUCCUUCGCCCCAAUUCGAUGUCCGCAGUCAGAAGCUGCUCAGAGAAUGACCAAGUUGAUUGAACAUCAUCGCGAUCUGUCAGACAGCAUCGGAGGGACCGUCACCUGCAUCAUCAGAAACGUCCCCGUUGGCCUGGGAGAGCCAUGCUUCGAUAAGCUGGAAGCAAAACUUGCACAUGCCAUGCUCUCGAUCCCCGCUACAAAGGGCUUCGAGAUCGGUUCUGGUUUCCUGGGCUGUGAAGUUCCUGGGUCAACUCACAAUGAUCCCUUCGUGGUAGAGACUAACGGUUCUGGAAAGAAGCUGACUACCAAGACCAACAACUCUGGCGGUAUCCAGGGAGGUAUCUCUAAUGGAGCAUCGAUCUACUUCCGUGUUGCCUUCAAGCCGCCGGCAACUAUUGGACAGGCCCAGACAACCGCUUCUUAUAGCUUUGAAGAAGGUGUUCUCGAAGCAAAGGGACGACAUGACCCCUGUGUCGUACCAAGAGCCGUCCCCAUCGUUGAGGCCAUGGCUGCUCUGGUCGUCAUAGAUGCUCUUAUGGCACAGAAUGCUAGGGAGGCCGCGAAGAACCUGCUCCCUCCGCUGCCACAGACAAUACCAACACGGCCAACGAUUUCUCCGGUCCAGAAUAAGGACGAAUAGGCAAAGUGAACUUUCACUCAUAUCUUCGCUAUUAGGCAGGAUUCAGGGUAGCUCAUUCUGUGAUAUACGGCUUCUGUGCUUACCUUAUUUUCUUUGGUCAGCUAGAUCUAGAUCUCAGAUUCUUAAUGCAUAUACAUCUGGACAUGUCGGCAUCUUAUUUUUGAAUAUAUCUCGAGACUAUUCUUACCCUGACUAGAUUUGGGUAAACCAAAUAUAACGGUAGAAGAGAUAUCUCAUAUCAUCACAUACAUUGCAUUAAUAAAAAAGGGAACGUCAAGGUAUCAAAAUUCAGUACGACGCUAAUCUCCACAAAACGCCAUAUACUGUCUAGGUAUGCAGUACUAAAUUUGUGUGUACAGAACGAGGGUAGCCCAGUCAAUGUGGAUCAUCAAGGGUAACAUAAGCUAAAUGGUAUUUCUUUUUUCAACAAACGAAGACGAAGAAAGAAGGCGUUAAGAGUGGCCUGUCUGGUACCAUUUUUUAGUUACGCCUCUGACGCAGUGAAUACCGUGCAUUAGGCGUGGCUCGAGGCGCUGGGCCGUCAUUGAGGUUUAGAGAUUUGAUAAUGGAGGGACUGGGGUUGCUAGGGCCUAUGUUUGAAAAUUUAGGCCGGGAAACGGGUGUUUGGACUUCUGAUGCAACUGACGAGGCAGAGUCUGAUGCUGUAGAGGUAGGGGAGAAGGGGCUGUCUUGCAAAGCUGAGUCAAAUGACGAAGAGAAUGACAGAGUUGGCUUUGGUCUCCUAGCGGCCGGGGCUGGAGUAUAGCCUGCGAAUGCAGUAGUAGGUGUGAAUGAUGGCUGCGGUGUGGCCUUCAAUCGCGUUGCAAAGUCAGGAAAGCUAUUGUGGUGUCUUUGGGGGAGAACGCUUGGUGGAGAGUUGGUAUAGGGACUCAUCCUGUUGUUGGCAGUCUGUGGCCGUCUCGCUUGGGGACUACCGGCGUACCGGCUGCCUGGAGAGAGGCUGUUUUGGCUCAUGCUCAAGGUAGUAAACGAUCCGGCUGCGGAUGACGUAGGAGAAGAAGGCUUCUUGUCUGUCUUUGUCUCUGAAUCGGCGGCUUUAGUAGUAUUUUUGGGCUCUGCCAGGCUUGUGUGAGGGGCCAGAAGAGGCCCAAGUCCAAACAUUUCAUGUCCCAUCAUGAAAGAAACCAAAUAUAUCCCAGCAUUAUCCAGGCCUACGGGGCUGUCAAGUUGACGAGCCUGGAUUACAGCCAGGUAAACACAAGAUACCAAUUCAAACAUAGACAGCAAGAUCUCGGUCACAUUCCAGACUACCAUUGGCUUCAUCAGGGUCUCCAAAAAUGAAAAGGCAGCAACAAGGAAGGAUAUACCAAGUAUCACUGACUCAAUAGACUUUGCGGGCUCGGUAUAUACCUUGGUGCUCAUCCACAAGACCAGACAGGAUAGCAGGAGAGUAAAUCGCAAGACAUGUGUUGGCUUGUUUCCAGGAGCUGCAGACUUCUGGUUGAUAGAAGCUUGACCAGACUGGUUCUGUUGGGCACUCGGUCCAUCGGCGAUGGAGAAAGCUUGGUCAAACAGGUUCUCCAGGCCAGUUUCGGCUGUUAGUCCGGGCGGGAAAAAUUUAGGCG